AUGGAUACGACUCACACGGAGCGAUACCACGCAACGUUGUUGAUGUGCAGCUCGUCAACUCGAAGAUGCAUCAACCAGCUCACUGACAUCGGCGUGUUUCUUCUCAGCGGUUGGAUCGUCAUUCCCAUGUUGGUCAGUGUGGUGGCGCAAUCAAAAGGAUACACGACUCAAGUCGCAAUACUUUCGCAUCUGGAAAUGUCGAUACUGCACACUCAUUACUGUGGCAUCGUGAAAGCUGACAGCAAAAGUGCGGGUGAAGAAUACGUAUGA